GUGACUUCCUGUGUAACCGCGGAAAAGGUUUGACGUUCCGUACUUCCGCCUGACGCCCCUCUGAGACUCCGAGAUGACGGCCACCCUGCGCCCGUACCUGAACGCCGUGAGGGCCACGCUGCAGGCGGCCCUCUGCCUCGAGAACUUCUCCUCCCAGGUGGUGGAGCGCCACAACAAACCAGAGGUGGAGGUCCGGAGCAGUAAAGAGCUGCUGCUGCAGCCCGUCAUCAUCAGCCGCAACGAGAAGGAGAAGGUUCUGAUCGAGGGCUCCAUCAACUCUGUCCGAGUCAGCAUCUCCGUCAAGCAGGCGGAUGAGAUCGAGAAGAUUCUCUGCCAUAAGUUCAUGCGCUUCAUGAUGAUGAGAGCGGAGAACUUCUUCAUCCUGAGGAGGAAGCCAGUUGAGGGCUACGACAUCAGCUUCCUCAUCACCAACUUCCACACGGAGCAGAUGUACAAACACAAGCUGGUGGACUUCGUCAUUACCUUCAUGGAGGAAAUCGACAAGGAGAUCAGUGAGAUGAAGCUGUCGGUCAACGCCCGAGCCCGCAUCGUCGCCGAGGAGUUCCUGAAGAACUUUUGAGGAGACCUGGACAAUCCUGCUGAUCUUGUCUGUGGGGACAGACAGACAGACCGCCUGUCAGACAAACCUCAGGUCAGACAGGAUGUCGGGUCAGACAGACGGCUUCUAAAGUGCAUUCCAGAACAAAGUUAAAGAUGUAUAUGGUCCAUGGAUUCUGCCCUUCAUUUAAGAUGUUCCUGUGCUGGAAAGAUAUUGACGUUUGUACAUAAAUAUUGGCAGCCAGUUUAUGCCUGCAUCAUUAUGGGUAAGGGUUAGGUUAAGGUGUAAGGGUUUGGUCCUUUCCUAAGGGAUCAAUAUCGGUGAGCACAGGGAUUUCUUUUUUUUUGGAUAAAUUAAAACUUAUUUUAUUUUAUAUGAAAGGCAUUUAUUUGCUAUGGCGAACCUUUUGAAUAAAGGGAAAUCAUUCGUUGCAAAGUGUUCUUGACUUGGCACAGACGACCCUAUAGGAGACUGAAACAAUUCAACAGUGAAUAAACAGCAUUAUCAUGUUUGUAUUUUUGUUGUUU